CCUAUGUCGAGCCCGUCCCCCCAGCUUUUCCAGCCCUUGACAGUCGGAAAUCUCGUACUCCAACAUCGGGUGGUUAUGGCCCCGUUGACGCGUUUCCGUGCGAACGCGCAACACAUCCACACCGAUAUAGCUGUCAAAUAUUAUACCCAACGCGCCAGCAUCCCAGGCACGCUGAUUAUAUCAGAAGCAACUUUCAUUGCUCCUCAAGCUGGAGGCUACGCCAACGUCCCUGGGAUUUGGUCUGACGAACAGAUUGCAUCCUGGAAAAAGGUGACAGACGCUAUACACGCUAAAGGCUCCUUCAUCUACAUUCAGCUUUGGGCCCUCGGACGCGCUGCGGAUCCUGCUCAGCUCGUGCUUGAGGACUCUUCUUUUCAGGCUGUCUCGUCGGGGAAUAUCCGGAUGGGAGGCCGUGAAGCUGCGCCUCGUCCAUUGACCGUGGAUGAGAUCAAGGAAUACGUCCAAUUUUAUGCAACCGCAGCCUCGAACGCGGUCCACAAGGCGGGAUUCGAUGGGGUAGAAAUUCACAAUGCCAACGGAUACUUACCCGAUCAAUUCCUCCAAGACGUCUCAAACAAUCGCACAGAUGAAUAUGGUGGUUCCAUCGAGAACCGGGCCAGAUUUGGAUUGGAAGUCAUUGACGCUGUCACGAAAGCUGUGGGCGAGAAGAUUGUUGGCAUUCGCUUCAGCCCGUGGAGCGAGUUCCAAGAUAUGGGCAUGAAGGAUCCCAUCCCCACAUUCUCACACAUGAUCGAAACCAUCCGUGAUCGAUACCCUGAUUUCGGUUACAUUCAUCUGGUCGAGCCUCGCAUUAAUGCUGCCGUGGAUAUUGAAGUUAAACAAGGGCAGACCAACGAAGUGUUUAGGAAGCUUUGGGGAUCCAAAGUCUAUCUGACCGCUGGGGGGUAUAAGAAGGAGGAUGCCCUGAAGGCGGCGGAGACGGACAACACGCUCGUCGUCUUUGGACGGUACUUCAUAUCCAAUCCUGACCUUGUUUUGAGGCUGAAGGAAGAUAUUCCUCUUACGAUGUAUGAUCGCAACGCCUUUUACGCCCAUACGGUACCCGAAGGUUACAUAGAUUGGCCUUUUGCGAAUGAGAUGGAAGCUGCUGUAGCAUAGUCUCAUACGUUGCUACAAAGAAUGUAUAUUGCCGCUCAAAACAGCUGCGUCAGACCUGAAAAGCU